AACCAAUAGUAUUGAUCUCAAAACAUAAAACUCCUAAGUAGAUACCUACUGUACUCGUUAUUCGAAUAGCGUGUAGUAUAAUUAAUAUAAUUUGGUCAUUUUCGGGGAUCGAUCGUCAAGAUGCGAGUUAUUCGAAACUGUUUAGUGGUGAGUAUGCUUUUAUUUUAUGAUUGUGUAAAUGCACCAGGUGUAUUAAUGAGUUCCUCGGUACUGACUCCUAAAAAAUUAGAUAACUUUCCGAAUAAAACAAAACUUAAGGCCAAUGCAUUCAUUUCGAACUUUCUAAAAACGCCAUCUUCGCGUAGAAGUCAGCCUAAUCAAUUGUAUUCAGAUAUGUACAGAGGAGCAAGAUUACGUACACAUGCAGUCAAAAGAUCAGUAAUAACUAAUUUCCUAAAGCCUCGUAUCGGUUACUUCGAUAAUAACGAAAAAGACGACAAGAACUUCCUGUCAGAUCCCAAUACUUAUCUAAACGCAAUCAAUGGCGGCCUUGUCGGUAUUCUCCUGCUUAAAAUUCGUAUUUGGAUGUAUACAAAUCAACCACUGAAUGCUAUUGGAUAUUAUCUCGGGUAUCUCAAGGAUAAAGUGAUUCUAAUAAAUAAAGCCAUUUCUCGUAUUGCUUUCGAAAAACGUUAUGAUAAAAAUAACGAAUCGAACUUUGACGAUACGAUGAAAUUGUUUUAUGCUGCGUGCGACAUUAAAAAUACUACUGAUGACAGUGAUGAGCAAUUGGAGCUUAAAAGAAAACAAUUUCGGGAAUAUUUGUUAAAAUAUAAUAUCGAUGAGGACCUAAUAACCAACGAGUCCUUGGAUUAUUUUGCCAACACCGUGAUCGCUAGUAUAGAUUGUAUCAGAGAGAUCGAUCCUUGGUUCAACACAUCAAUUCCACUAAUGAAAAAUAUGAUAUACCUCGAUAAAUAUUCCGACGGCCAUGAUAUGAAUAAAUUAAAGGAGAUUCGCGUCCCUAAUAAAAACACGAGUUUAUAUUCACUCGUCGAAAAUUAUUUAAAAGAAACCGAUCCGGUAAAAGUAGAAAAAAAUCACUUAGAAGUACAUCAUUUGGUCGCGCCAGAAAUAUUCAGUUAUGUGUACGAACAUUUUAAUUUAUUAAUCAAGUUAGCUGAUUACGAAAUCAAUCCAGAAGAUCUGGACGAAAUAUGGCGGUUUUCUUAUAUUACAUAUGAUUACACACAAAUAUUUCUAUCUCGUAUUGUCGAAUUUGAGCAGAAUUACGUCGGAGGAGAAGUAGCAGAACAAGGGCAAGCGUUGUUGGACAGAAUGAAUACGUUGGCGGACUUUAUAAACCCGGACGUACCUGGUAGACUGCCAGAAAAGCCAAAGCUUCCGUAUAAUAUUAUGGAUUAUAACACCGAAACUCCGAAAGAGGAAAUGAAUAAAAUUAAAUCAUACAUGUCCGAGUUGAUAAAUGGAGCGACCGAAAAUGUAAUGCAAUUUUUCGAUAAAAAUAUUGAAAAAUGGAAAGCUGAUAGAGUUUUAAAACCGACAGAUCCGGAAUCACUGAAUGAUGAUAAAGAAUCGUUGUUGCGGUUGAUGAAAAACAACACUGACAAAGCUAUUGUUACAAUGAAGGCAUUUUCUGAUUAUAACAGCGCAGAUUUUGCAAACACAACAACUGAAAAGGAAAAUUUGACGAAUCUAAUUUCGGAACUUUCGAGCAACAAACCACCUAUUUAAUUGAUCGAGUCGGCAAUAUAUUCCUUAAUAGUCAUCACAAUUGUGAAAAUAUACAAUCUAUUUUUGUUUUGUACUUGUGAAAAAUUAAUUUGAUAUUAUUUUUAUUUUAUGAAUUUAAUAACAUGAGUAUUUCUAAUAAAAAAUGCAGACUCAAAAAUAUACCUGUU